AAAAACUUUUUGUUCAUUACCUUGAUUCUCAACUUGUUGUGAUAUGAUGAGUCAGUUACAUUCCAAGAAGAUACCAAUGCAUUCCACAAGUACCUGCAAAACAACCUAGGAUUUUUUUUUCAAAUCGACCAAGCGAAUACUCUUCAUUCAAAAUGGAGCACAGCGAACUGAUUGCCGAAAUGGCAUAUAUUGAGAAACUAUCGACCCAAGAGCGCUUGAAGCUUGCUCGAAGGAGACGAAUGCAGCAGAUGAAAAAGUGGUCGCAGAAGGAAAGAGAAUUGGCAGGCAGCAAGAGGGAGAAAACAGCUCAGAAUGAAGCACAAAAGAGAAGGAGAGAAAAUAAGAAGAGUGUGAAGUUUAUCAGCAAUGUCAUGUUGUUGGAGGCAGCUGCCAGGAAUGACAUAGAAGAAGUGCAAGCACUGCUGGAAGCAAAUGUGAAUCCAGACUCCACUAAUGAGGAUGGACUAACAGCUUUACAUCAGUGUUGUAUUGAUGAUUCUGAGGAAAUGAUGAGGCUGCUUGUCCACCAUGGGGCUAAUGUUAAUGCACAAGACUCAGAGAAGUGGACACCACUCCAUGCAGCAGCCACCUGUGGACAUCUUCACCUUGCCAAGUUCCUCAUUGCAAAGGGUGCAAAUCUUCUGGCUGUAAAUGCUGAUGGUAAUAUGCCAUAUGAUAUAUGUGAAGACGAUGCAACACUCGAUUACAUAGAAAGUGAGAUGGCUCGACGUGGUGUUACCCAGCGACUCAUUGAUGAGACUCGUUCAGCUACAGAAUCUCAGAUGCUAAAUGAUUUAAAGGAAAUGAAGGCUAGGGGUGAAAGCUUGAUGUACCGUGAUCACCAGGGCGCUACACCUCUUCACAUAGCGGCUGCCAAUGGCUACGUCAGAGUGGUGGAAUACCUGCUGAGUCAGAAUGUACCCACAGAAGUAAGGGACCAUGAUGAUUGGUCUCCUCUUCAUGCAGCAGCUUGUUGGGGACAUCCGGAUGUGUUGGAGCUACUGAUGCAGCAUGGAGCAAACCUGCAUGCAAGGACCAAAAACCAGGAAACUCCAUAUGAUAUUUGUGAAGAUGCAGAGCUUAGAGAAAGAAUAAUGCAGCUGAUUAAUGAACAGGAAACAAAGAGACUUCAUGAGCAGACCAGAAGGGUUCGACGAGCCCAUUCGAACACGAGAACACAAUCUGUACGCCGAACGUCUAUCCGUGAGAAGACCUUAACACCAAAGAAAGAAGCCCAAGAGGAAGCUAGAAUUCGUCUCCAGCUUGAGAACAAGAAAAAACCUUUGCAGGAGGAUUCACCAGCUCUUGGAGGACUUCGGGCUGUACGGGAGCGUGGAGACACAGCAGUUUUAACCACAUUCCCAGCUGUAAUUCCUGCGAAUAACAUCAACAACAACAAUAAUGCUACAAAGGAGAACUUUUUGGUGGCACAAUUCAUGAAGAGGAGGAAAACCGAGUGCUACCCCCACCUGCUAUGGUUGUAAAGAAAGAAAAGGAAUUAGUGACAAGAUCAAGUAGUGGCAGCAGCUCACUGAGCCACAGUGAUGGAGACAGAAGGGAAACCAACAGCCAAGAAAAAGAGAAAGUAGAAGAGUUGGUGUCUACCCCACCUGUUCCACCACCACGGAGUUCUUCUACCUCAAGACCAGACAUCAUAGCUACAACUGGGACUGUUAGCAGUGGAAAUGUAAAUGGGAGUGGGAUGGUCACUCAUAGUGGAGAAGGGGGCAGUAAAAUAGACAUCCACGUCACUGUUACUGUCAAUCCAUUUUCUCCUGGCACUUUAGCAGACCUGAAGAAGCAGCGGGCCAUGUCACGAGCUUCCCAAAAUUCGUACACGCUUGCCCCAGCUUCCAGUACUUAUUCACUCUCCACACCAGAGUAUGAUUCCAGGGCACAUGGCAGGAAUCCAGAAUUCACAGCCUCCUCUGUCAGAGUAGACACUGUAACCUACAGGCCACCUCCCUCCCCGUCGCUUACCCCGCGCAAGUUUUGUGGAGACCCAGCAGAGGUCAUAGGUGGGGUAGACACUCAGUCUUGCUGCAGCAUGAUGUAAAAGUACUUGCAAGCUGGUGGACAUUCAAGAGAGAAUGUAUGACCAUAGGACACAAGUUGGCAUUGUGAUGGAAUGUGAGUGUUACGAAGAAAUGUGCUUUGUAUAUUUUGGAAAAAAUCCAUAUUUUUUAGCCUGAUAGAGACCUUUCUGUCAAUAUAUUCACUAUGGUGUAUUUUACUGUUGAUGACAGUGAAUUGAGAGGAAAGGACAAGAAAUUUUACCUGUGAAGUAUGUUCAGGAAGUGAAUGGAUAAACAGGAGUGAUAUUUGCUUAUACAAGUAUAUGUAAAUGGUAAUGCAAAUCAAAAGUCAACUUAAUCCAGAGCCAUAUGAAAAUUCAUAAUGUUGUUAAGGACUGUAGUGUUGUGUGUGAGUUAAAGGGAUCCAAACCAAACAUUUCUAGCUGAAAUGUUUUCUGGGCAAGUACUAAAUGGAAGUGCCAAUAUGGAUAAUAUAAAGAGAUAGGAGAUGUAUAUAUUUUGACAUACAUAAGUAAAAAUUGCAUUUAUUCCAUCAAAUGGCAGAAGGUUAUAAAUCUUCCCAGGCAAAAAAAAAUUAUAUAUCCAGUCCAAAAAGAGACCAGUAACUUUUAAUUAUUUCGAAGAUAGAACUGUGAUCAAAAGAGUUGAGCUUUUGACUAUUUUAUUGUAAUACCAUGUUCAUAAACAGGCGAACAAAGAAAAACUUCUUGAAAUGGUGUUAAUUUCCCCACACUCACCCCCAAAAAUAGUAAAUAAGAUAGUAAAAUAAAAAAAAAUUGGGAGGCAUUGCUAACAUAGGAGUAUAGUUUAUGGAUUAUAAAGUUGAAUAGUUGUUAACUCAAAUGCUAUUUUACUGUAAGUAAUAUUACAGAUUAGAGUUAUGUGCAAUAUGGACAUGUGAAAAAGUAUGAGGCAUACAUUUUUCUGUAAGGAAAUAUGAAAUAUAUUUGAUAUUCAUGAAAUCACAUUAUUAGUACAUCAGGAUGACCACAUACAGUUAAAGCCAUGGUUUGUUUUCUUGAAUGUUUAUGUAUUGGACUAGAAUGUUUGCUUGACCAAGAUGUGGGGUGUGUUGCUCUUUAUUUCUCUCCCCACAUGAAAUUUUUAAAAUGUUCAACAAAUUGUGAUAAGUUCGGCCCUCGAACACAAAGUUUUUAACUAUUAUUGUGUAUAUUUUGAGGAUCAUUACUAACUAAAGAGCAUAGUCUGUUUCAUUAUAUUUUUUCUGAACACAACACUAGUAGGUUUCCUUUUUUAUUCAUCAUUAAGCUGGAGCGUCACCAGUCUUCCAUUAAUCAGGUCUUAAUGCUCAGUCAGUUUCAUAUUUUUUAUUGAUUCUAAACUGACUGAUGAAGAAACAUGUUUAGCAAUAUGAAAUAUUUAUAGUUUUAACAAGUGCCAGUUUACUGAAGAAAAAAAUUCAUCAAGGGUAUUAAGAUAAGUUCAGUUUUGAGAGAGUAUGAAGGCUUUGUUGGUAAUGAUUAAAAUGUAACAUUAAUUGUCCUAGUAAUAGCAUGGUAAUGUGUAUUUCUUGUUAACUUUUAUUAAGAUUGUUAGCAUGCUAUUAAAAUUUGAAAGGUAA